AGUGCUAACGCAGCGCGGGGGAAGAAGUGCACGAGCAGAAUUGGGCGACUGAACUCACCGAACGAGUUCUCCAGUUCUUAAGCUAAAUCCAACCCGAAAUUUACCUGCUAAUUUGAUUUGAAGCGGCUCUAAUCUGUGCUUUACUUCUUCCUUUUCCCCUUUUGUUUCUCGCAUUGGCUGAUUAUAUUAUCGCCCAAAUUCCCAACACCUGAUAGAGACGAUUUCAUUUUGAACCUUUGGUUCGUUGAGUGUCUGCUAGCUACUUCAGCUAAAGUGGUUUUUUCGAGUUUUGUUGCAGAUUUUGUUCUUCUAGGGUUCAUGGCUUCGUUGUUCAAGGACCCAUCAAAGCUAUCUGUAUACCGGGAUAGAAGAUUUCAGGGAACACAAGAUGAAUUUGAACUGGCUCUUCAGACUUCAACCACCGUUUACGUGGGAAAUAUGUCCUUUUAUACAACAGAAGAGCAAGUUUAUGAGCUUUUUUCUCGAGCUGGAGAAAUUAAGAAGAUAAUCAUGGGUUUGGAUAAGAAUUCAAAAACACCUUGUGGCUUUUGUUUUGCCCUAUACUAUUCUCGGGAGGAUACCGAGGAUGCUGUAAAAUAUAUAAGUGGAACAAUUCUUGAUGAUCGGCCCAUCCGUGCGGAUUUUGAUUGGGGAUUUCAGGAUGGCAGGCAAUGGGGUCGUGGUCGAAGUGGUGGACAGGUGCGUGAUGAAUAUCGAACAGACUAUGAUCCUGGUAGAGGUGGCUAUGGAAAGUUAGUUCAGAAAGAGUUGGAAGCACAGAGGCAGCUUGUGGAUUACGGUACUGGUUCACUAGGCUCUAUGCCGUCAGUCAUACCCCAGUACGGUAAACAUGGUGGAAGCCACGGAAAUGGGCAUCGUCAUGGAAGAGAUUACCACAAUCGUAAGCGCUACCGAGAUGAUGAUCGGCAUGCUCAUGAAAGCUCCAAGAGAACUUCAGAUUAUGACUCUAGAAGAAAUCCUGAUCAUGAAUCAAGACCGCAGAAAAAUCCAAGGUUCCGGGAGAGUGGAGAUUCUGAUGAAGAGGACGACGAUGACCGAAAACAGCGACACUAACCCUAGUGUCAUUGCCAUAUUAUAAUGUGAGUUGUAGGAGGUAGCUGAAAGGAAAAUUUCAAAGCCCAAUUACAAAUUUGAUUGCAUUAAGGUGAAGUAAUUUGAUGUAAUUGGAGAAGGUCAACUUGGAGGCCUCAAUUGUUAGCCCCAUAUUUCCAGAUUCAUAUCAAGCCCAUGAUAUAGACAACAUAAUAUCUAAAUCUCCAAGGGGAAUUAGUUUGAGGCGUAGAGGCAUUGGAAAACACUUCAAUAAAUGAAAAAUGGUUUGGUUGCUACCCA